CUGCUGAGUGGAUUAAAGAUGGGGGAGCAAGGUGAUUGGCUGGAGGAUAACAGAGGAGACUGGGUAGCCGUCUUGGAUUCCCAGACCGGUGCGGCCAAGGGCCCGCAGGACGAUAUCACUGAGCAGGCCAGGACCAGAGGCGACAUAGUAGAGUCUGCAGUCCAUGAAGACUUGCUGAUAUCCGGUGUUACUGGCGGGAGAGACUGGACCUCUGAAGCAGCUGAUCACAAACCCUGGCACCAGAUCAGGAACAUGGAUCAGGAGCCAUCGCUCUUCCUUCCAGAGUCAGAACCCAACCGUGAGGAACAGAGACUCCACCACAACCACUACACAGAACACAACCAGUGGACAGGAGGACUAAACAACCUCAGUCCUGUUGGUCAUCAGAGAGACAGAGGCUCCGGUCAGCAAUCCAUUAUGCAGCCCAGACCCUUCUCGUCACGGUCUCAGUGCAGUGAUGAAGCAGGGCCUGGGGCUGAUAGAGAUAGACCCUCCUGUUCCUAUGAUUCAAACACCACAGUAUCCAUGAUGAACAGAGCAGGUCACCCUGGGCUUCAGCCUUCACAGAGAGUGGUGGGAGACCCCCCUGGUGCGAGUCUAACAGGAAGUCUGUCUUCUCCUUCAGGGUCUCAUCUAAUGCCCGGUGACUGGGUUCAUAGAAGGCCUGGUCCUGGGUCUAGCCUUCCUCAGUUACCUCAGGGUUACCCCACCAAUACAGACAGGGUCAGGAUGGGUGUUCACCACAAGAGGUAUCUAGCCUAUAACACAUCACACAAUCCCAACAACACCCAAACAAUGGCUAGAGGUCAAGGAGGGAGCUCAAAGACUAACCAAUUGAGGGUGGCGACUCCCGUUUCUACCUCUGGUGUCAUUGGGUCACAACGUGGGAGGCCGAGCAUUAGGACGGAUGCCGACAAGCCGUACGCCUGCCCCACGUGUGGGAAGCGCUUUACUGAGGCGAACUAUGUGAAGCAGCACCAGACCGUUCACACCCUUCAAGUGCAGACUAAACUACAAGAGCUUAUCAGACAUAGGAGUGUCCACAACGGGGAGAAAUCGUAGCAGUGUGUCUUCAGAUGUACGCAGGGGAUGUCAGGGAGUCAUUCUUUAGCUGACAUAGUUAUAGUUAUCAUGUGAAGUGUCUUGGGGUAAGAGUGUAAUUAACAACAUACCCCCUCAUUAACACUUUGUUAACUUGUUUUUAAGAGACAGUACAUCUAGGCUAGAACAAGGACAGUUGAAUAUUUACCUUACUGAGGUGAUGUCGAUGGAAUAAAGUAAUUCUAUUAUUUUCUACUAUAUUCUUGCUAACACACUGUUCUUUCUAAACAAGUCUGCACUCAGCUUGAAAGAUACUGAUCAUAAGAGAUUUGAUGUGUAAUGUAAUAAGCAGUACCGUAUUUCAAAGAACAGCGUAAAUAACUUUUUCAUUUAACCACACCCUUUGAACUAUUACGCCAACCAAUAAAGACCACAGCCUUAACUUGUGGAUUAUGGAGAGUCUAUGCUAAUGGUGCCACGUCAGACACCCUACUCACUUGCACAGGUUCACCACAAGGGUGUCACCCCUCCUUUUUAUUUUCUACACCAAUGACUGAGGGCCCACGCCAACUGCCAUUUUGUGAAGUUUGCCGAUGACUCAGUCCUCCGGUCACUCCUCUCAAGAGCCUGACCAUGGCCCAGCCAUCCAGGACUUCAUUGCCUGGUGUGGCAGUACGCUGCUGGAGUUGAAUGUCUUUAAGACAAAAUACAAUUAUUGUCGACUUCAGGAGGAAGCCCGCCAGUACGAUGAUCAUUGAUGGAGAGGAGGUGGACAAUGUGGACCAGUAUAAAUAUCUUGGCAACAUCUUUGAUAACACCCGGAAGUUUGAGCAAAACACAGACGACCAUCAUCAAAAUAGCAGACACAAUACUUCCUCAGGAAACUGAACUCAUUAAGUGUCCACAAAUCAAUAUUGCAAUCCUUUUUACAGUUCUUUCAUCGAGAGCAUUCUGUGUUGUCCUUCGUAUGCUGGUUUACAUCCCUCUCUGUCAAGAACAGAUACUGCCUUCAAGCCAUUGUGAACACCUGCUCAAAGAUCACCGGGCUGCCUUUCAGAAGUCUGGCCUCAUUCUUUGAGCAGCAUGCCAGGACGAAAGCCUAUGACAUUGUGGGGGAGAGCACCGUGUCCUCAACCCGCAGUUCCAUCUGCUCCCCUUUGGGACGUUGCCUGUGCUUUCUCAAGUGUUCCACCAAUAGGCGCAGGGCGUUGUUUGUGCCCGAGGCCAAUCGCCUGGUUAACAGGACAAUUAAUGAAGACCUAGGGACUAUUCUGGAGAUAAUUAAUGGCAGGGCUAUACUAAGAACUGUGGCUACCAUGGACUUAAAAUGGCACCAUGCACUUUUAACUGAUGCCUUAGUUGUUUUUUUAUGUCUCUUACAUGUAAAAAAAAAAUAAAAAAUAUUAAAUAAAAAAGUGU